UGAAAAUUACGCACUCACUUUAUCUUUCUCUUUUCUUUUUUUCUCCCUCUUCAGCUUCUCUCACUGUAGUUUCUCUCUCUGCGCAAUUGCCAUAUCGGCGAUUCAAAACCUUACAAUUCGGAUACCCGAAGGAUCCAGUCCAAGCUCAGUUGGUGCAGCUUCGGGAUUUCUUGUUUUUGCAGUUUUAGAGGAGGCAGCUGAUUCUUAGCUUCUAAGAAUAGUGAUCCAAGUUAUUAUGUUUAAGUUCUGGAAUUUACAUUGCAAUGCCAGAUAGAAAAAAGGUUGAGUUUAUUGAUAUCUUGCUAUGUUAGUAAUUGUAUAGCAACAUUUAACAAUCAAAGGUUUGGGACUUAAAUUAUCUAUGCCUGGCAAUGAAGUCAGAGAUAGGGUUCACAAUUUUUUCGCACAAGACAGCUUGUCACAAGGAGAACAGCAUUCCCCGGUAGCGGAGGGGAAUUUUCCAGCUCUAAGUAAUAUUUUGGGGGUUGGAAGCCAGAGACAGACAGGUGGACUGAGUUCCAACACAUACAAUUUACAGAACUCUGAAACUACGAGAGCAGGUAGCAGUUAUCCAUUUAAUGUGCAGCGUGGCUUGGAAUCUGCACAAUCAACCCCAUGGAAUGAGUUUGCUAAAAGUCAGUCACAAAGUCAGCAGCCAAACUUGAAUGGAAACAUGUAUGGUAAUCAGUAUUACCAAACAAAGCAGGAUGAAUCCAGAUUUCUGGCUGUGAAUACAGGUUCUAAUCAAUGUAAUCUAGCCUCCGGGGCCUCAUCUUUUCAUGAAUUGCAGCGAGGGGCGGGUCUUGAACAGCAGGCAAGGGGACCAGUCAGGUCAGAACCUUCUGGAGGUCCUAUUAGUUUUGAUCUUUUUGGUGGACAGCAAAUGAACCGUCAGCAAUCAAACAUGCUGCAAUCUUUGCAACGGCAGCAGUCUGGGCUUAACGAAAUGCAGCAACUGCAACAGCAAGUCAUGUUCAUGAAGAUGCAAGAAUUUCAGAGGCAACAGCAACUUCAGCAACUAGAUGCCAGUCCACAACAUCCAUUAAAUCAGGUUCCUCCCCUUGCUAAGGUGGCAUCUAGUAGCCAUUCCCCUGCUUCUGUUAACGGCACUACAAAUUCCGGUGCAGCAAAUUAUGCGCCCGCAACUGAGAUUGGCAACACUAAUUGGUUGCAACGUGGUUCUCCAGUUCUCCAAGGAUCCUCAAACGGAUUCAAUCCCACAAAUUAUGGCCAAGCUGCACAACAUUUGAUGGGUUUGAUUCCUCAACACAUUGAUCAGUCUCUAUAUGGAACUCCUGUUGCCAAUUCAAGAGGAAGCUUGAACCAAUUUCUACAGAUGGGAACAAAAAAGCCUGCAGUACAGCCAAUGCCAACCUUUACUGGUUCAUUUCCGGGUAAUGAAUGUGCUGCAUUGUCAGAUCAAGUCAGUGGGCCGGAUGGGACUUCCAUUACUAGACAGGGAUUACAAGGUGAAAGUUUUUUAGGUCAUACUGUAAGUCAAGCUCAAUCUAAUGCGAUUAAUAUCAAGAACCUUCAGCAAGCAAAUAUUAUGCAAAAAGGUUCAGCUCUCCAGGAUUUCUGCGGCAGAUUGGAUCUAACCAAUCCCUCAGAGACCUCGCAGGAGAAAGCGGCACCAACUUCUUCACCAGAGAAUGAAGUUGGUUUAGAUCCUACAGAAGAAAGAAUUUUGUUUGGUUCAGAUGAUAGUAUAUGGAAUGCCUUCUCCAAAAGCCCUAAUAGGAAUGAGGAAGGUGAUAAUCUGUUUGAUAGUGCAGGAUUACUAACCGGAUUUCCUUCUCUCCAAGGUGGUAGUUGGAGUGCUCUUAUGCAGUCUGCUGUUGAAGAAGCUUCUAGCAGUGAUGUUGCCCCGCAGGAGGAAUGGAGUGGUUUGAAUUUUCACAGUGCUGAAAUUUCUUCAGGGAAUCAUAAUUUGAUGUACAACAAUGGGAGACAUAAAGCAUCUUCUGCUGAAGACAAAUUGCCCCCAGCCCCAUCCUUGAAUUUUUCUGUUCAGCCCUCUGAUAGCACCAAUAUGAAUAACAGCUUUCACAACGUCCAGGAGCACAGGUUUCCAUAUGAGCGAGGCCAGAAUAUGCAAACGAAUUCUCUAAGACUUGCCCAGUCAUCAGAUGGAGGAAGCAAGUCGUCAGAUUUUGGUCCACUGCAGACAUCAGUUACUGAAGCAAGCCAGAAAUUUAGCAAUACUUCACAUCCUCUUGACACUGAGAUGAUUGCAAGAAGGGUUUCUAGUAAUUUGACAGCUGAGCUUGGUGGAGCUAGACAACCGUGGAUGAAUUCAGCUAAUUGGGGUGUUCUUGGAUCAGCAUUACCAUCUGGAGAUGCAGCGUCAAGUAUUUCAAGUGAUAACUCAUCAAAACGUUUGCAGGUCAACAAUCAGAACAAAUGCAUCCAAGACGAAGUCUUUCAUGGUGGUGUGGCAUUGAAAUCUAGUCCUCGCUGUAUUUCUGCAGUUGGUAUGGAGCAUGCGGGAUCAUCUGUGGCUAGUCUGCAGGGGAAUUCAGAGGUCUUUAGCUUCUAUAACUCGGCCACAGUUCCAAACUCAAGUAUGAUGAAGGGUGCUGAAGAAACCAAACAAUCUCUUCAAAAUAAUAAUCAAUCUAAUUACUGGACAAAUGCUGAUUUGGUUAAAUCUAAUGCAAGUGAAAGUUUGGGGGUUUUGCAGCGUCAUGUUAUGAAAGACAGCCAGGUUUUGCACUCAUCACCGGAUGUUGGUGACAAAGAGUUUAAAAUGUAUGAGAUGGAGAACAGUGAUAAGAAGGAUAAUUCAAAUGACAGCUAUCACUCUAACUCACAUCCUCAUUCUUCUGCUGGUGGGGUUAGGGAAAAUGCAUUAUCAGAUGCCAGUGAUUCUAGGUGUCUUCUCAUGGGGAAUCAGAAGUUGUCUAAUCAGGGUGGUCUGAAAAAUUUGUGGCCUCCGAAGUUUCAGUACCAUCCCUUGGGAAACUUGAAUGAGGAUGCUGAUCCUCCUUGUAGCAUGAAGCAAUCUACUCAUUCUCAGUCUGUAGUGCAGCACAAUUCCUUGAAUAGACAAUCAAAGGUUUUUGGUCAGGUUCCUCAGAGUCAGGCAGAAUUAGACAAGGGGCAGUUGCCUGAUGUUUUGAUGGAUGGAAAAGGCUCUCACGAGGUGCAUUUGCAGAGCAGGUUUCCUGGUGUAUCUAAUAUUCCUGGCCUUUUCAAUAGAUCUCUUGACGUACAUUCACCUAAUAAAGUUGGACAAUCUAGUCCAAACAUGCUACAGCUUAUUCAGAAGGUGGACCAAUCGAGAGAGUGUGGUUCUGUGGCACUGUUCGGUCAUUCUGAGCACAAAGCAUCAUCUGAGAUGCCUGAAGCAGAUGAGUCUGAUGAGCCUGUUAGUCAUCACCAGAGAAGUCAGUCUUCUGCCCCUCAAGGCUUUGGAUUGCAACUUGGCCUUCCAUCUGGACGUGCAUCAGUCCGAAGCCAUUCUUUGUCAUCUCAGAGCGCUAUCCAAGCAGUUAGCUCUUCGCAUUCAAGUCAUGCUGCUGUUGACACUGGUGAGAAGAAUCAAGGUCUAAUUCAUCAGGCUCAAUCCUUACUUCCACCUUCUGACCUCUCCCAGGAAGGGUUGAAGAAUAAUAGAUUUGGUAUUCCAGGAAGUAGCAAUAAUGAAACUUCUAUGUACACAAUGCCCGGAAAACUUUCUCCAGCAGUUGAAUCUCUUUCUGGUUUUCCCUAUAUGGGAGGUCAGAUUAAAAAUCCAAAUGUGGUUAGGACAACUGAGCAAGUCUCAACAAAUCAAUCUGUUAGUGUAUCUUUUGAUAAACAUGUUUCCUGUCAUACAGAGAAAGGCGACUCUCACAGAGGAUCUGCAAGUGGUCAAACUGUGGAGGCUUCUUUGCCGGAUGGGGCAGGCAAUACACAAGAUAAGAGUGUCCUCCCUGCAUGCAAGUCCCAAUUAAGUAAUGCCAAUGGUACAGUGAAAAGUAUCUUUACCAAUCAUGUUUCAUCCCAGGAGCCAGUGUCAGUGUCUCAGCCAUUAGUGUCCGGCAUUGCUCAGCAGGAUAUGUCUUCAAAAAUGUCCUCCAGUAUGUGGACUAAUUUUCCACCACCUCAGCAACCUUUUGGUGCUCAGUAUGACAAGAAUCCUUCCCAUAUCUCCCAAUCACAUCAGUUGAAUAUUGUGGAGUCAUCGUUGUCUGCUCCAGGGAGGCGAAGUGAUCAAUACUCCAAUAGAGGAGGGAAUUUGACUCCCCAGAUUGGUACCAGCUCAGUGAAUUCCCUGGGGUCUGCUGAAGGGGAAGAACAGCGUGCAGAGGGAAGCUCUCCGCAAGUACCAUUGAGAAAUGUUGACCUCGUCCAGAAGAUGAAUGAUUCGCAGGGUAGAGAAUCUAUUGACAAGUAUAUCCCGGGAGGAUCUCCUGCAAAUUCUGCAUCUAUGCAGAGAGAUAUCGAAGCCUUUGGCCGAUCUUUGAAGCCAAAUAACUUAUCUCAUCAGAACUAUUCCCUAUUAAACCAAAUGCGGGCCAUGAAACAGGUGGAGAUAGAUCCAAGCAAUAGGGCCUUCAAAAGAAUGAAAGUAGCAGACAGCAGUGCAGGUGCUCUGCAAGUUCCUUCUGGGGACACUGGAAUGCUAGGAUUGUCCGGGCCAGAGAAUUUGCAUAGAAGCAUUUCAUCUCAACAAGUGGGGAAAAUGACUCCUCAGGAUGUACUUGCACUUUGUCAGGAUGAUUCUCAGAGCGGCGCUCACAGCAAUAAUACAAAUUCUGUUAAGCUUGAGCAAACUCAAAAUGGUCCUCAGCUGGAACCUUCCUGGUUUAAUCAGUGCAGAACCUUAAAAAACAGGCAGAUGUUACAGAUGUAUGAUGCACGUAGAGCUGCUGCAAUGAAGACAGUCAAACAACCUUUCACUAUUGGGAAGUCAUCCAGUAGUUUGCAUGCACUUAAUACUAUGCUGCAAGUCAUACCUGCAACUGCUGAUCGAAGUUCAAUCAGUAAUCUUGGGCCAAAUUCUAUCCCCAGCUCUGCUGCAAUUGAGCAUUUUUCUUCCCCGCCGACAUUGCCAGUGAAUGCUGGUCAUCAGCACCAAAUUUUGAAACCCAUGAAGCGGAAACGUGCGACAUCUGAUCAUACUCCUUGGUAUAAAGAAGUUUCAGUGGAUUCACGGAGCAAUCAGACAAUCAGCCUGGCAGAAAGAGAGUGGGCUAGAGCUGCUAAUAGGCUUACUGAAAAGGUUGAAGAAGGCAUUGAUUUUAUUGAGGAAGGGGCACUAGGGGUUAAAGCUAAAAGAAGGGUUUUAUUGACCACUCAGCUUAUGCAGCAACUACUUCGCCCUCCACCUGCAGCAAUUCUUUCUGCAGAAGCUAAUUCAGAGCAUGAGAGUGUGGCUUACUCCAUCGCUAGAUUGGCAUUGGGGGAUGCAUGCAGCAUGGUCUGUAUCUCAAAUGGUGCUCUGAAUAUGCCUCAUGAUGAUAAAACACUACUUCCUGAAAACUGCAAUACUUCAGAGAGGGUUAAUAAACAUUGUUUUGCCAAAGCUGUAGAAGAGUUAAUGGGAAGAGCGAGGAGAUUAGAAAGUGACUUUUUGAGACUGGACAAGAGAGCAUCCUUAUUAGAUGCGAUAGUAGAAGGGCAAGACCAAGAGAAAUUCGCCGUUAUCAACCGGUUCGCGAAGUUCCACGGUCGGGGACAAUCUGAUGGUGCUGAGACCUCAUCUUCAUCAGGCCCAGCUGCACAUACCCAUAAACCUUUUCCCCAGAGAUACAUCACUGCACUUCCUAUACCGAAAAAUCUCCCUAGUGGGGUACAUUGUCUUUCUCUGUGAUCACAAAUGAAUUGAUCUUUCCCUGUGCUCUGUCAUCAAUUACCUCAACUUCUGGUAGAAAUUUUUGUCCUAGUCAUGUACUAGCACUAGCAAGAAGAAAAUAGAACCACACAAUCAGUAUUGCUGAACAUACACUCAAUUUUCACCUUAGAUGCAAUGUAGGCUGUCCAAUCCUUUGCAUUAAAAAAAAGAAAAUAUUGUCAUUAUCAAGAAAUAUAUGAUUCAAUCCAUGUACAUCUCUUCGAAGACUAGGGUGCCCCAUCAUUUUUUGCCAGAAGUGGGGAGAAUAUAUACCCUGUGGUUAAAAGCUGUCGAUAUGUAGUUGGUCAAUGGUGCUGUUAUAUAUGUCACCUCCUUGCAGAAUUGUGAAGGUUAUUAUAAUUGCUUUAGGCAGGUCCAUGUAUUUGUAUUGGCAUCAUCAAGUAUAAGUGAUGCCUAGGCUCAUAAUUUAUUCUGGUGAUGCCUUUCUUUUUUUUUUCUUUUCCGAUAAAGGUUAAUUAUUCUGUUGAUGCUUCCCUCAGCCAUUUGUAGUUUAUAGUUAACAGCUGGAAACAGUGCUAAGCUGUUCAGAUUGUUCAGAACAUAGUUUAGAUGAAAAAGGAGCUUUCAGAACAGCUUGAUAUUUAAUUCUUUCCCUUGUACAGAGGUUUAGAUCAAUGCCUGUACUUUGCCUUGUAUGGUUCUUAAUGUGCAACUGCUGGGCAGAUUUUUGAUAA